ACCUCCCAGGGUUGGUUAUUCCAAGCCCUAAUUGGUCUGCUAACUAUUCGAUUUGCUUAUAACAAUGACGACGACAAGGACUAGGGGUGUCUACCUCAGUGUUAUCAAGGAUGUGAUCAACAAGGUCAGGCCACAGUUCGUCAAUGGCCCUGGAGAAAACAUACUCAUGCAGCUUCAAGCAAAUUGGGAGACCAAGGUGAUGCAAGCCGGUGUUGUUGGUGCACCUGCUGUUGAUCUCAAUGUACUAGUGUUCCCCCGAUCACCACCACAACCUCCGGUUCAACCACAACGGCAACAGCCUUUGCCGGGAACAGGCAACCCUACCGGAAUGUCACACAUGCAACCUCCUUAUCUUGGUACGACCUCUCAAACACGGCAGACGGCUGGUGGGGGGUUGAUACCCGGGCUUAGUGGAGGGAGCAGUAGUAAUACCUCUGUGAAGGUAGAAGGUGUGAAGGUAGAAGGGGGUGUUAAGCCACCAUGGAAUAUAGACGUUGAGCCAUUAUUGAAUUAUGAAGACAUUGAUCCAUCAUUGAACGAAGACGACGGCGACGAAGAUUUGGAUGAUGUGGAGGAGGGAGAGGAGGAGCUGAACACCCAAAACUUGGUGUUGGCUCAGUUUGAGUAGGUGACACGCACUAAGAGCAAGUGGAAGUGCACUCUCAAGGAUGGCAUUAUCCACAUGAACAAUAGGGAUGUCCUCUUCAAUAAGUUCACAGGAGAAUUUGAAUUCUGAUUUCUCAUGACCUUAAUUAGUGUUGUCUUAGCAGAGCGAAUCCGCUGUUUACCUAUUUCAUACCUUUUUUUUUCUGAAUAGCUAGCUUGGCUU